UGGCUGCUGGUAGAGUAACUGAUAAUCGAAAACCAGUGAUAGGUUUUAAUUCAGACCCCAGGCGCUCUGAAGGAUAUCUAAGUCUCAACAAGAAGUAUUCGUCUAAUAUCGAGGAGGCUGUUCGAAAAUUGAAACAGGGAGAAUUCAAAUGGCGAUUCAGGAAUAGAGUUCGAAUCAUAUUGUGUGGAGAAAAUGUUUAUGAAGAUCCUGUUGAAUUGCAUGAGCAAGAGCUUCUUGGUUCAAAUCAAAGAUUCUUUAGUGCUGUCCCAGAGAGCCGGCUUGAAACUAACACUGAAAAGCCUACUGAAACAAAUGUACAAGAAAGGAGACUUCCAGUGCUUGCUCUUAAUGAGGUUUUUAUUGGAGAGAAUUUAUCAGCAAGAGUGUCCUACUAUGAAAUGAGGAUAAAUGAUGGACCAAAAACAAAGAUUAAGAGUUCAGGUCUUUGUGUUACUACUGGAACUGGUUCUACAUCUUGGAAUCUGAGCAUCAACAGGCUCACUCAACAGUCAGUAUCAGAAGUCCUCCGUCUGCUGCGUGAGAAAAGACCUGAUCUGUCCUCAAUACCGCAGGGGUCUGAAUUGGUUCAAGAACUUGCUGAAGAGUUUAAUAGCAGUCUUGUCUUUUCUGCUGAGGAUACAAGGAUGGGAUACACAAUAAGAGAUUUGAUAUCAGCUGGAGUAUGGCCCCAACCCAAAGGGGUUGAACCUAGAGGAUUUGCAUCUCGCAUUGAAGUCAAAUCCCGUUGCUUGGAUGCAGGUCUUGUUGUUGACGGUGGACUCUCUUUCCGUUUUAAUGACGGAACUGUAGCUAUUCUUGAGAUUCAUGAGAGCGAUGCUCUUAGGACAGUAGAGCUGAAUGAGCCAUAAUUCAUACCAAUUGAUUCAAGAAAUUUUAAGGAAAUUUGAAAAACAGUCUUGGCUGUCUUUGUAUUUCUUUCUUUUUCUUUCUUUCUUUUUUGUAUUGUAACCCUAGUAUCAUUUCCUUCUUUUAUUUAAUAUGUGGAAUAGGAAAUAGAGAAGAUCAUUUACUAUGUGUGCUGAUAUUUUUUGAAUCAUAUUUGCCUUUUCUUAGAUAUAUUUGCCUGAUGCAAAGUAGACUUGCAGAUUAAGUGGUGAUCUAUGAGCUGUGGUGUUCUAAAAGACAGCCUGAAACAAAGCCUAUCAUCCAGCCCUUUCAUUUACGUACCAUAAAACAUGUUAAUUUGAGUUUCAAUUUUGCUGUUUCUAUCAAUGUGCAUGACGAUUCAAAAAUUAAACGUGCCGUAGUUAAUAGGGUCUUUUGGUUGUUGUAAUAUGGGGCUGGUUUAUCUUAAUCCUUUGAUGUUAAGUGACUGAACUCUGUCUUUUUUUCCCUUCCUCUUUGAAGGUUGAUUUGAACAGAUAAGUGCUAUGUAAGUUAAGUGUUAAGUUUUAUUUUGUCUAAUGUAAUACUCAAAAGAGCAGGAAAGUAAGAGAUGCACUUCUAGU